UUUAAUCGGAGAUAAGCUGCGACACUAGAUGUUUGUUUAGUUUGUAAAGAUAUUGCUUCCAAAAUGGAUGUUCCCCCGAAAAGUGCUACCUCUAAACGAGAGUCUUUCGCAAAAUCUAAAUCACUGAGUAAAAAUGCAAGCGUUCGCCUGCAAAGAAAUCGCCGACUGGAAAGGCAGGACUCCAUUGGGGCAAUCGAAGAGCUAAUCCAGUGCGGAAUAUGCCUGGAGAAGCUUUCGGACCCCAAAAUGCUCCCCUGCCAGCACACUUUCUGCUUGCCCUGUCUCCACUCGCACGUAAUGGCCAAAAAAAUCCUCCUCAAGCAAGCGAGUCUCGAAAGCCAAGACGUUCUGGCUAAAAAACCAAUUGCUAUAAAAUGUCCCGUCUGCCAGAACAAAUUCAGUUUGGAAAAGGGCAUAGAUUCGUUAAACGACUUGCCCAAAAAUCUAUACAUUGACUCUGUUCUAAAGCUGGUUGAGUGUAACAUUCCGCCGGUUAGUUCCAAGCCCGAUCGUUGCGUCAAAUGCCACAUUUUUUCGCGAGGGGACGAACAGUGCUGUCAGCACUGCAUGCAGGUUUUUUGCAAUGUUUGUUGGAGCGAGCAUUUGUCCGAACUGGAAUCGAACGUUUCGAUUUUAAUUAAACAAGUUGAAGAGUCGAAAAUUAGGCUUGAUCACAAGUUGGAGAGUUUUGAGAAUCGGUGCGGACAAUUAAUUGAUAACGUUAAAGAAGCGACUGAGCGUAAAAUCGAAUUGUUGAGGAUGGACGAGGAGAGGGUUUUGAAGGAAGUCGAGUCAAUUGUGCGCGAAGGUAAAUUAAAUCAUGCCACAAUCAGUCGCAAAAUUGGGGAUUUGAAAAAUAAACUGGCGUCUAACGUUAUGGAAAAUUCUCCGGGAAAGGUUUUUAGUUUCAUGAAUUUGCAUAAGGAGACGUCACGGCUUCUCUCCAUAGUUAGACACUACGGCGAAGCUCGCGUUAUUUUUGACCCAGAAACAUUCAAACUGGACCAGGACACGGAAGGGAUUUAUUCAGACGUGUGUGAUAACGAAAAUUCGACCCGAAGCACUAACUCUUUAGAACGAUUCGAAUCAGCAAGUCACUAUUACAAAAACCGAUCGUUUGUCCCGAAAUUAGUUUGGAACAAAUGUCCACGGCCGGCAAACGUUGGAGUGCCUCCGUGGGACAACCGCUUGCUUUAUAUCACCGCAACCGACACCCACACUGUGCUGAUCCUAAACCGGGACCGAAGAAAACUCGAAGGGAGAUUAAUUUCCUCCGAGAUGUUGUACCCCCAAGGCAUUGCAUUUUCCAAAACCCGUCAAGAAAUCUACGUUUCGGACAAAUGGAAGCACUGCAUUCACGUCUUCUCCAAAAGCAGGGACUACCUAAGAGACUUGCUUUCGAAAGGAAAUGGUCCCGGGAAAGUCCGCAGCCCUGACGGCAUUGCCGUGGGCCCCGGCGACGAACUUGUGAUUUGUGACAGCGGGAACGACAGGAUCAUAAUAAUUAACCCCCAGACAGGGGAGCAUAUCUCCACCAUCGGCACGGUGGGCAACAAAACCACGUUGAAUAUGCCAACGGGGGUGGCAAUGAGCGGCGAUAAGAUAAUCGUGGCCGAUACGGGGAAUCACAGAAUUAAGAUUUUUUACUUGGACGGAAGGAAGUUGCACGAGUUUGGGGCCUUGGGGCGAGGGAAGGGGCAGUUUAGGUCGGCUGAGGUCGUAGCUGUUGAUUCUGCAGGGUUUAUUUUGGUCGGCGAUGGGGGUAAUGGGAGGGUGCAAAUUUUUAAGCCUGAUGGAAGUGUCGCGAAAAUUUUUGGGGGGUCCAGUCAGGGUAGUGACGGGUUUGGGUGGGUUUCGGGGAUUUGUGUGACGAGUGAUUUGGAUAUCGUUGUGGCUGAUAGCAAGACACGCUCGUUGAGGAUUUAUUAAAAGCUGGUUAUUUGUUUCUAUUUUCUGGUGUAGGGUCGGUUUUGUUUUGUAAUUUACGUAUUUGUACAUUAAUAAAAAAUAUUUUUUGUA